AUGGAUCGAGUGAAAACUAUUGAAUCGGGUACUGCGAGUAAUGUGCCAUGUACUAGUACUCUACCACCUUCUACUAGUAUUGUACCACCUUCGCAUACUUCGUCGAAAAGUCCGCCACGUCUGAAUACUACAAAAGAAAGCAACACUCGCAAGGUACUCAGUCCUUUGGUUGCUCGCCGAAGAGGGCGUCCAUGUACGAGGCGGAAGGUUAGCAAGGUUGAUCAAAUAGUUAAUCGGUUGAAGAGAAAGAACAAAAAGACUACUCCCAUACAGGUGCUGGAAGAUGAAACUUACUAUUUUCCUUCUAUGGUUGGCACACAAGAUAGUAUGUAUGUUCCGGUGCCGCAUGAUGAAGCUUACUAUUUUCCUUCUAUGGUGGGCACAGAAGACAACAUGUCUGUACCGGCACGGGGUUGCACAAUGGAAACGCCGGACAAUAUUGGAAGCACAUCAAGAAUGGUCAACAAUCUAAGCAGUCAAAGUUCUACAGUACCAUCACUAUUGGAUCCACAUGCCCCAUUUUAUUUUUAAUGUAAUACACUGUUCAAUGUCUGUUCAA